CGGUUGUUAAGACUCUCCGCCAUAUGUAAACCGGUAAUGGUAAGGCGGACUGGCGCAGUUGCAGACUUCAUUUUGUGUAGGUAAACUGUCAAGACAAAAACAGCAAAAAUGUCGGAUAUGGGAUCUGAAGAGAUGGAGGAGGAGCAGGGGCCUUAUUUAGGCGAGUAUGAAGGAGGGCGUAAUGAACGCGAGGAACGCCAUGGACAUGGCAAGGCCACUCUGCCCAAUGGUGAUACAUACGAAGGAAACUACGAAAAUGGAAAGCGCCAUGGACAGGGAGUGUACAGGUUUAAGAACGGUGCCCGAUACAUUGGAGAAUAUGUCAAAAACAAGAAACAUGGCCAGGGAACAUUCAUUUACCCUGAUGGCUCGAAAUAUGAAGGCAGUUGGGUGGAGGAUCAAAGAUGUGGAUUUGGCAAAUACUUCUACGUGAACGGCGACACCUACGAGGGUGAAUGGCAGAAACACGUGCGUCACGGCCAGGGCACGUACACCUACGCUGCCACCGGUUCACGCUACGUCGGCACAUGGAUGGACGGGAAGAGGGAUUGCCAUGGAGAACUUGUCCACGCUAACCACAAAUAUGUGGGUACAUUCAAAGAAGACAGGAUGGAGGGGAAAGGAAAAUACGUCUUUGAUAUUGGCUGUGAGCAGCACGGAGAAUACAUCCCCAUCGAACAGGAACGUGAGGACAAGGUUGAUGAAGAGGAGACUCAGGCUAACAUCAUCCCAAAGUGGAAGGCUGGUCCGGUUACUGCCAUCCAUCUCCGCACGGAGGAAGAAGAGGAGGAAGAAGAGACAACCCAGACCGGGGAGGCCAGCACGGAAGGGGAGCAGGCAGCGGCCGGUGGGGAGACGCAAGGUGAGGGUGAGCAGGCUGAAGCAACUGCUGAGCAGACGGGCGAGACUCCAAGGGAGACAACUCCAGGUGGGGAACAACCUGCAGACCAGGAAAAAACUGAGGAGCCAACAACAGGUGGGGAACAGAGUGAGACACAGGAAGAGGGAACAGCAGAGGAGACAGAAGGAGAACAACAGGCGGAGGGGGAACAGGCAGAAACUACUGAAGAUGCUGAAGCAGCUGACUGAACUCCCUGAGGGGAGUCAUAGACAAUUUUGUAACCUGGGAAAUUGGCAUGAGAGAAAGUCUGCUGAAACUGCCACUGGAAUAAUUUCAUUACG